CUGGCCACACCACAAAAAACAAAACAACAAAUUUCGAGUGAAAAUGCGGAAAAUGCGUGCCACAAAGGCCUAAACAACUUGGAAAACACCGCGAAAAACAGCCAGAACUGCAGUGCCGCCCCCGCAGACUUUUCGAUCCCCGGAAAACUCGUAAAAUCGGAGAAAAGUGAACCGAGAGCAGGGCAAGGAAGAACCAAAAACAACAACGACUCGCCAUGGGCAGCAGAACUGAAAAUGUACACUUGACAUAAACUGUGAUUAUGAGUUCCACAAAAUCUCAAGUAGCCCUAGCUACGAAUAUUCCAACCAAUUUAUCCUCUGCCGCUUCUGCCUCAACAGCGGCCGCUGCGGCCGCCGUUGUUGUUGUUGCCAGUGCCAACGCCGUCGUUGCCUCAAACACCAACUCAUCAUCCGGAUUGGGUUCAGGAUCAGGAUCUGGAGCAGUACUAUCAGGAUCAGUAGUCACUGGAGCAGCCACUGCCGGAGCAACAGGAUCUAUAGUCUCAGCAGCCACAUCCUCCGUUGCCACCAUCUCGAGCAACUGCAGCAGCAGCAACAUCAACAACAACUGCGGCGAGGAGUGCCAGUCGGCGGCCGGAUCCUCGAACUUGGGACGUCAGAACAGCUUUGGCAACAGACGAGGCAACAUGAAGGGCAAACAUCUGACGCGUAGCCAUGCGAUGCGUGAGUCCACUUCGCCACCUCGCACGCCAACGCCGCGGGCUGCCUCCGAGCAGCAGCAGCUCCAGGGGGAAUCCCACGAGCACAAUAAUAACAAUAACAAUAUCAACAGCAAAGCACAAUCAACUGGGAGGGGUAACUCGCCGUUGAUGGAGACGCCAGCCGUGAUUGUCACUAGUCAGCAACCGCAACAGCAGCUGCAGCAACAUAAUGUGCCCCAAAAGCCGCAGCAGAAUGUGCCACUCAGCAACGAGGCCGAGUUCCCGAAGCUUUCGCCUCCAAAGAAGUCCGGCGGCCAACACAAUCGCACCAACAGCAACGGCAGCGGCAUGGAGUAUAAUAACAACAGCGGCGCCAAGAAGUUCGUGGUUGACCUGAAGUCCAAUGGUUUGGACAACAAGCAGCAUAACAACUCCUCCACGGGUGUGAUCUACAACUCCGGGAUGAACUACAAGGCGGCGGAUCGCCAUGAUCGACACGAGCGUCACGAGAUGUCCAGCCAGAACAGCAAUCUGAGCAACAACCAUGACGAGGAGCCGUACCAUUAUGAGCCCAGGGGUGGAGGCGGAGGCAAGAAGCAUCGUGCCAACACCAAUGCCAAAGGUAACAAACCACGGUUGAAGAAUCUCGGUGGCAGCUCAUCAGGAAGCAUUGAUUUAGGCGGCAACGGCGGAGGCGGCGGUGGAAACGGAAAUGGUAACAACAUGUCCAACAAUGGCCUGUCCAACAACUCGAGCAACAACACCUCGGGCUUUAUAUCGCGCGUCUUUCAUCAAUCAGAGAACUCGAGCGAGCAGUAUACGGACUAUGGCGGCACCGAUCUGAUGGUCUUCUUCCGGGACACCCUCAACAAGAACCCCAAGGACCGCAAUAUCCUCUUGAAGAUCGAGAAGGAUCUAAUAGACUUCGUCCAGGAAAAUAGUCGCGGUUGUGAGUAUCGUUUUCCGCCAGCUUCCUCGUACAAUCGUAUGCUGAUCCAUCGCACGGCCGCCUUCUUCGGCAUGGAGCACAACGUGGACACGGAGACGCAGCAGUGUGUGAUUGUGGCCGUGGCCAAGAACACGCGUAUACCGGAGAUCCGCUUCCAGUCGAUGGUGCGCGACGAUGCACGCAAGUCAAUUUUGAAGCGGGACACGCACAGCUUCGACGAGGUGCGUCAGUCACCGUACUUGUGCCCCCUCUCUCUGGAUCGCAAGGCCAAGAGCUUCGAGGAGCGGGAGGAGGACUACGAUCGGGCGCGCAGCCGCAUCUUCAGUCGAACGGGAGGCAAUCAUGACGGCUACUCCGGCGGUGGCGAGGAGGAGUGCUACGGUGGUUGGGAGCAGCAACAGCAGCAGAAGCAGUCUCAGCCGCCCAGACCGAAGAGGCCCAACGGAAAGAUGCUGCAGAUGCAGAAUUCCACGGAAUCACGUGAUGGCAUGAGAUCCGCUGGAGCCGUGCCCAAGUCGCACAACUUUGGUAACUACGGCGGACCGCCCAGUUCAGGAGGUCCUGGCAACAAUUCCUUGCCGCGGGGCGACUCAACCAACUCGAUCAAAAGUGGACGCGGUGGCUUCGUGAAGCAGGACUCGACUGGCAGCACUCCAUGGCGACUGUCUCCUUCCAGCAGUGGCUACAAGACGCGCACCCAAUCCGUGCGCUCCGACUCCGUAACUCCAUCGCCCACGGGCUACGGCAGCGACAGGCAGACGCCGGAGUUGAACCACCCAGCCAUGGUGACCCACAGCCGGGUGGCACCACCCAUGUCAUCGGGUGGUGGUGUUGUCGGCGGUGGAGGACCAGGAGCAGGCGCCACCUCGCCCGUGGAUAUGGGAACAGAAGCCACCGGGGCUGAUCCAACGUCCUCGUCCAGUUGCUCGUCGGGAACGUCGGGACUCGUCUGGGCCGUCACAGACAUUUCGAAUGUGCCAAUUGGCAGCCUCCUCAUUGAUCCGCAAACCCUCCAACCAAUUGUCAAUGCAGACGGUUCCAUCUACCACUACGACCCGUCCAAUCUGCCGCCCAACCAGGCGCUCCAGCACACGGGCAAUCAGUACCAGUCGCAGAACCAGGGGAACACCUCCUCCGGUGGCUACAAUAACUACCGCAAGUCGUCGCCACAUCUGCAACAGCAGCAGCAUCAGUCCCAGCAGCAACAUCAGCCACAGCUGCAGCAGCCACAGCAGCAGCAUCAGCAGCCAACCCAGCAAUAUGCCACUACUGAGCUGUCCUGCAGCUCCACCGAGAGUUAUGCGGAGGAGGACGCCCAGUCGCCGGGAAUGGAGUGCUCCGAGGGAUACGAGAGCUAUGAGCAGCAAUCGUUGCCUGUCCAGCAGCAGCAUUCGGGCAACGGGGACUCAGCAAGCAUCAAGGGCGACGAUUGUGAUAGCCUGACCAGUGCCACCGCCUGCCUGAGUAUCACCACCUCCACAUCCACGAAGAACUAUGAUCGCAUCGAGGUGCAGAAGUACAAGAACCAAGCCACCAGUCCGAAUAUACCUGCCUGCUGUGCCGUGGUUGAGAAGCUGGAACUGGAAGCUGCAGUGCAGCAGGAGCAGGAACAAGAACCCAUGGCUGGACCCUCCUCUUCCGGUUCCGCCACCUCCUCGGUGGGCAUUACUGAACUCCCAUCCAGCCAGACUCCGCUGCCGAUGGCAACGCAGGUUAACUGUGACCUACAAUCGGUGUCGCCCAGCUCCACGCCCUACAGUCAGUGCGAGGUAAAGACUCCUAGCCAGAGCCACGCACCCAGUGCCGCCGUCGAGGAACCCAAGACAACCACCUGGACGUACACGCAGAGCUACCAGGCGCCAGACGGAUCUACCGUCUUUCACACCACCACUACGCCCAAUGGGGCAGCGCCCUACUGCGCCACCACAUAUCAGCAGGGGCCCGAUGGCAGCAUCUAUGCGGUUCCACAGGGCAUGGUCUAUGCCGCCUAUCCGCAACCCGGCGUGGGCAAUGCCGGUGGGGCCUCGCAGCCGCUCUUCCAGCUGACAACCAGCAGUCACCCGCCCGCUCAGACACUCUUUGCCUCCCCGGAGGCAGGCGGUGAGAUACCCGGCGGCACCUACAUGAUACCUGUCUUCGAUCCGGCUCAGCAGCCGCGUGAGGGACUCAUCCCGGCGCAGGCCAUCUACCAGGCGGGACCGGGAGGACCGGGGGCCACCACAGUGAUGCCAAUGGCGACGGCGGCUGCCUAUCCAACGGCCCAGUUUGCCACGGCAGCAGCUCCCAAUGGAGGGCCCAUCUACCAGGCGCCGCUCAUCUACUCCAGCGAACCGGGCGGUGGUGCCCAGCUGCAACAGCUUCCGAUGGCCCCGUAUCCGAUUCAAUACUCCUACCCGUACUACCACCCCAUCUCGUACUAUGUUCCCCAGCAGGCGGUGGCCGCCGCACCCAUGGUGACCUCUCAGCCGCCGGUGGGUCAGGCCCCAAUGCAACAACAGGCGCCGCACACGGGAGCUGGCACAGCCACUGGUCCACCCACGGUGGUUUCAGUUUCAGGCCAACAGCACCAUCAGCCGCAUCAGCAGCACCACCAUCAGCAGCAGCAGCACUCGAGCAACGGAUCUGUGGUGACCUCCAGCGGCUAUGGCACACGGGUGAAGCGCACACCAGGCGGUGGCUCCAUCCACUACAAUCCCAGCUACACACCCAGCUCGGUGACUCAUGCCGGUGGCACCCAUCAUCCGUCAGCGGGCUCCGCCCAGAUCAUUGCUGCGCCGGCGGCCAGCACAACCACAUAUCAUGCGCUGCCCACGCUGACGCUGGCCCACGGUGAUGCAGCGACCGGCACGGAUCUCAGUGGUGCGGGCGGUGCCCAUGUGUACGCUGUGCCCGCUCAACAUGCAGCGCUGAUCCCAACGAAUAUCUUCCCUUACGCAGCGGCGGCGGCAGCAGCAGCCGGAGGUCCAGGAGGUCCUCCGACGGCUCCUCAGGUGGUGCAGCAAGCCCCACCACCACCUCCUCAGAGUGCUCCCCAUCAUGCGCUCAUCACAGCUGCUCCGUUUUACCCAGCCAGUGGUGGUAACAUGGAUCAGGGUGCCUCACAGUCGGCUCCUAGUACUCCAGCGGCUCCUGGAAGGCAGGCUCCGCUGUUCAGCACACCGCCGGCUCCAAAUAACGCAAGCAGUGGCAGCAGCAGUGCGGGCGGAGGCGGCAACAGUGGUGGCUACCACAGCAACAGUUCCACGCCGCACUACUACCAGAGCCAGAACAGCAACGAGGGCUACACCUCGCCCUAUGAGAAGAGGAACCAUGGCGGUGGUGCCUCAGGAGCCCACACGGUGGGAGUACGCAAGCCAUACCACCCAGGUGGCUACAAUCCAAGGCAUUCGGUUCCCCUGGGAGGCAUGCCCUCUGGUGCAAAGACUCCGCUGCUGAACUCAAACAAUGAGCCCACGCCGCGUGCCUCGCCAAGCAGCGUGAGCUUGGGCGGAGCCUCUUCGUCCGGUGGAGCCACUAGCUACCAACAUCGUGGGCCACCACCCCACACGAUGGGCGUAAAACGAGACAACAAGCCCAACCAGCUGCCGCUAAUCAGUGGACCACCGCCCAGCUAUGCAACCAACUCAAGUCCCGGCAUCACUAGCUACGAGGCCAAGCCACCUGUCCGUCUGAAUGCCGGAGCUGCCAGUUUCCGGAGCCAGAAGUCCAUGAACCAGGACUACCGGCGCAGUGUCUCGCAACGGAACUCGCCUAGCGCCAAUGGAGGAGGAAAUGGCAGCCACGAGAGCAGCAACAACUCGCCCAACAGUAUUUUGGGCAGCCAGAGCAACAGUGCUGCCAACACGCCCAAUGCUGCCGCACCACCACCUCAGCCACAGACCACAUUGGUGAGCCACUCUGGAGGAUUUGUGGUGCUGGACCAGACCACCGGAGCCGCCAUGAAUGCCUCGCCGCCCUCGCUCUACGGCGGCGGCGGUCCAACUGCAGGACUAGGUGGAGGAGCAAGUGGCGCUGCUGGAGCGGCCGGCUCGAAUGGUGGCCAUCAGCCGGGUGGCGGCGGUGGCCCCCGCUCGCACAUUCCCACUGCCCAGCUGCACCACAGUGCCGCCGCUGCCGCCGCCGCAGCUGCUGGCAGCCAACAGGCCACGGCGGCGGUGCUGAGCGGCGUGGCCGCUGCGGCCGCCCUCGGUGGCUACAAUCCAAACGGGGCGUCCGGCGUGUACUUCAAGUAUGGCCAGACGUACUUUGCCCAUCCCUCGGUGGCCUUGCCCAACAGUCGACGAUCGCCGUCGAACGAUAUCCGGCCGCAAAUGGCGCAGGUGGCCGGCAUGUAUCCCACAAUGAUGAUACAAGCGCGUCAUCCCAGUCGCCAUCCGAACCCGAACUACAAAGGUUCGCGUCCGCGGUAAAGCCAGCCGGAAAACCAAUAUAGGAAUCCCAAGCAAAACAAAAACUACAUACACAUAACGGCAUACCUAAGAUAAAUAUAAAUAGCAACCUAAUCUAGUGGAACAUAAAGUAGUUGACAACCAUAAAACCAGAUGAAGUGGACCGGAUAGACGGAUGGAAACGCAAGAGCAGCGCAUAAGGAGAAUAGAACUCGUCGAGUGCUGGCCGCAGAGUUGUCGUGCAUUAUUGGUAGCAACUGGAAAGGAAGGGGGCGUGGCAGGGACUCAGUCACCAGGUCGCCAGAAAACCAAACUAAACUAUCCAUACACCAUGAACACCACAUGAAAGCCGGGGAGCGAAACAGAGCGAAGCCAUCACUGUUAUCUUCCGCAGCAAGCGAAGGGAAAGGGGGGAAAAACCGACAAAGCAUAGCAUAUAGCCUCUAUAUAGUUAAGGAGUAUUGUACGGAUAUCGCUACAAUAACUGAACCGCUACAGAAGAAAACAAUUGAAUGCUGUAUAUUUUGUGCCAUUAUAAAUAGUCUUUAAUAAAACAAAAAAUCGAGUA